ACCGCGACCCCUCCAGCUGUUUUCCUCCCAGUGACAGACUCCAAGAGCAACACCUUGAUACCCAAGUCCCACGAAAAUCAGAGCGAGUAAGUAAAAGAAAGCUCUCGCCUCCAAGCUAUAACAACACAAUGGCACCGGUCGCAGUGUCCCCCGAAAUCCCGGUGUUCAACACCAAGCGUGACGGACUUGCUCUCGAGGAGCUGUCGGACGCCAUCGACAAUGUGAACGUCCUCAAGGACAACAUGAAGGAGAAGGGUCUCUACGAAGAAUCCGAGUUUGACAAGAACAAGGACAAGACCAAGUUCCGUCAAUACGAGGACGCCUGUGACCGAGUCAAGAACUUCUACAAGGAGCAGCACACGAAGCAAACCGUGGCCUACAAUCUCAAAGCCCGCAACCAGUUCCACUCCAAAACCCGUGCGGAGAUGACGAUCUGGGAGGCGAUGGAGAAGCUCAACACGCUCAUUGACGAGUCCGAUCCGGACACCAGUCUCUCUCAGAUCGAGCAUCUGCUCCAGUCCGCGGAGGCUAUCCGCCGCGACGGCAAGCCCCGCUGGAUGCAGCUGACCGGACUCAUCCACGACCUGGGCAAGCUGCUCUACUUCUUCGACGCCCAGGGCCAGUGGGAUGUCGUGGGAGACACGUUCCCGGUCGGCUGUGGCUUCGAUGAGCGCAUCAUCUACGGCCGCGAAUCCUUCAAAGACAACGAGGAUUACGGCCACCCCGUCUACGACACCAAGUUCGGCAUCUACAGCCCGGGCUGCGGCCUCGACACCAUCAUGAUCUCCUGGGGCCAUGACGAGUACCUCUACCACGUCGUCAAGGACCAGUCCACCCUCCCCGCCGAGGCCCUGGCCAUGAUCCGCUACCACUCUUUCUACCCGUGGCAUAACGCCGGUGCCUACCACGAGUUGAUGAACGACCACGACCGGGAGAUGUUCAAGGCCGUCAAAGCCUUUAACCCGUACGAUCUAUACAGCAAGAGCGAUGACGUUCCCAGCGCCGAAGAACUGAAGCCAUACUACCUCGAGCUCAUCAACGAAUACUUCCCCAACCCUGUCAUCAAGUGGUAAAAUGACACAAUAAAAGAAAAGAAAAACAAAAAGAAAAACAAAAAAGCAAUAAAGCGAGAACGAUUCCCCAUGACAUUGAUUGUCAAUUCUUUCAUCCCAUUUCCCGGGCCAUGUAUUUCUGUCCGCGUUAUCUCUUUCCGUUUAGCCUUUAGCCCUAGCGUGAUUCACAAACGUACCACUAUCCACCACUACCCCUCCCUCUCUAUACUAUACCUAUUACCUUGGUAGUAGUAUCUCCUUCCCUCACAUUUAUGUAUCUAGAUCCUCCCACGUGAACCAAAUCAAACUGGAGCCCACACGCCCGCACGCCCGCACGCCCG